AUGGAGACUGGCAAGACGACCAAAACCGUUCAGGUCCCGCACCUAUACAGGCUGGUCCUCGUACUCAUCACCCUCGUGGUAGUAGCACAGCUAGUCCAAAGGAUCCGGCUCUCCAGAAAACGAACAGCCUACGCCCGCGCCGCCGGUGCCCUCCCAGCCAAAGUCUACCCGCAACGAGAGCGCAUCCUAGGGUGGGACCUCUUCAAAGAGAACAUUACCUCGCUGAAAGCCCACACCUUCCUCGCGGAUCAGUAUGGGCGUUUCCAGAGGAUGGGCGUCAACACGUUCGAGGUCACUGCGUUGGGACGGACGAUCCAUACGACCAUUGAGCCCGAGAAUCUCAAGACUAUCCAAGCUGUUGAUUUCAAGAAAUGGGGUCUCGGGGAGCGAAGAAAGAUUGCGUUUCGGCCGCUCCUUGGUCAUGGGAUCUUUACAGAGGAUGGCGCACCGUGGGCCCAUUCGAGGGAGAUGCUGAGGCCAAACUUCGCCCGUACGCAAAUUGGUGAUCUUCCAACCUUCGAAAAGCAUGUCCAGCAUCUGGUCGCCGCCGUCCCACACGACAACUCCACCGUAGACCUGUCCGAGCUCUUCUUCCGCCUGACAAUGGACUCGGCAACCGAGUUCCUCUUCGGAGAGUCGACAGAGUCUUUGACAAACAACAGCCACGAAGGGUUCGCCGAGUCUUUCACCCGUGGUCAGGACUUCAUUGCCAACGCGUCUCGUUGGGGUGCGUGGGCUAAACUGUUCCCGGCCAACAAGCAGUUCAAGCAUGACCAGAAAUUCGUGCAUGACUUUGUUGACUACUACGUUGAAAAGGGUCUUGCGAAGCGUGAUCAAUUGUUGAAGGAGAAGUCCAACGCGGAGAAGCCUGGUCGAUACGUCUUUAUCGAUGAACUCGUCCGCCAAACAACAGACCCCAUAGCCAUCCGCAGCGAACUCCUCAACAUCCUCCUCGCCGGCCGCGACACCACCGCCUCCCUCCUCACCAACGUCUGGCACAUCCUCUCCACACGCCCAGACAUCUGGUCCCGCCUGCAGACCGAAAUCGCCACCCUCGACGGCGAAAUCCCCACUUUCGAAGGCCUGAAGAACCUCAAGUACCUCAAAGCUCUACUCAACGAAUCCCUCCGUCUGCACCCAGUCGUGCCCGGCAACGCCCGCGAAGCGUACGAAGACACCGUCCUGCCCGUCGGCGGAGGACCGGACGGUCGCGCACCCCUCUUCAUCAAGAAAGGGAGUUCGGUGGGCUGGAGCGUGUACACGAUGCACCGCCGCAAAGACUACUUCGGCGAAGACGCCGAAGAGUUCAAGCCGGAGCGCUGGCUCGAUGACCCAGAGACUGGGAAGAAAGGACUAAGGCCUGGGUGGGAGUACUUGCCGUUCAACGGCGGGGCGAGGAUUUGUUUGGGCCAGCAGUUCGCGUUGACGGAGGCGAGUUAUACUACUGUGAGGUUGUGUCAGGCGUUUGGGGGGAUCGAGAGUAGGGACUCGAGGCCUUGGACUGAGGGGCUGACGUUGACGUGUGUGAAUUUGCACGGGGCGAGGGUGGCGCUGACGCCGGUGGAGGGUUGA